CAUCCCAGGUUAAGAACCACUUCACUAAAGCUAUGCACCUGGCGACCUGAGUUCGAUACCCAGCCACAGCUAACAUCAGUGGCGAAUGAUGCCCUUCAACGAAGUGCAAUGACAAACAUGACACUUCUCUGUCAGUUCUACCUGAUAGAGCCCAUGUGAAAGGUUGGACUCUGCAACCAUGGAGAUGUCCUACCAGGCCAUCAAGACUGCAAACCAAGUCAGGGAGGCUGAUGAGCUCAGGACAGAAGCUCGCCGAAAAAAUCUGCUGGUCCUCAUUUUGCACUACUUGACGGACAGCGGAUACAUGAGCACCGCUAGCGCCUUGGAACAGGAAACGAACGCAAGCUUGCAGCGCUACGAAGUGUGCGACAACGUGGACCUGGAGACCAUCAUGAUGGAGUACGAGUCAUACUACUACGUCAAGUUCCAAAAAUAUCCCAAAAUAACCAAAAAGCUGGGAGAGAACACGGAAAACUGCAGAUUUCCUUUGAAAUCCGGAGGCAAGCUGAGAAGAGCAGUGAGCAAUGCGUCGCAGCCCCUGCCGCGGAUCGGCAUGAGCCAACGCCCGCCAUCCCAGUACGGAGCCAAGAAGGCAGCGCAAGUAAAGGACGGUGCUCGGCAGGAGGCCACUGAACAGCCUACUCCUGCCGAAGCGGAUUUCGGGUUGAAUGUAGCGCCGAUUGGCAGGACGAUGGGAGGAAGCGCCCCUCCUCACAGGCGUGGUCAAAUCAUCGACUUUCGAAGCAUGAUCGGAGAUGCCAUCCGUGCAGCCUCGGGAGAUAUCACCACCAGCUCCACUGGAUGCUCUCCCGACCCUACGGACCGUCUUCUGAAGCCGCUCGGUGCGUUUGCAGGGAUGACAGGAGAAAUGAGGGAGCUGGCCUCCAUUAUCAGCAGAGAUAUUUAUCUGCAAAAUCCCAACGUUAGGUGGGAUGACAUCAUCGGCCUUGAUGCAGCCAAGCGUCUGGUAAAAGAAGCUGUUGUCUAUCCAAUUAAGUAUCCGCAGCUUUUCACCGGCAUUCUCUCACCAUGGAAAGGCCUCCUGCUAUAUGGGCCACCAGGCACCGGCAAGACAAUGCUGGCCAAAGCGGUGGCCACCGAGUGCAAGACGACCUUCUUCAACAUCUCCGCCUCCAGCAUAGUCAGCAAGUGGCGGGGAGACUCGGAGAAACUCGUCAAGGUGCUAUUCGAGCUGGCUCGGUACCAUGCGCCGUCUACGAUUUUCCUGGACGAGCUGGAGUCGGUCAUGGGGCAACGUGGUGCUGGCGGCGCUGGUGGCGAACACGAGGGCAGCCGUCGCAUGAAAACAGAGCUGCUCGUUCAGAUGGACGGCCUGGCACGCUCCGACGACCUUGUGUUUGUGUUGGCGGCAUCAAACCUGCCCUGGGAACUGGACCACGCUAUGUUGCGGCGGCUGGAGAAGCGAAUCCUCGUGGACCUGCCCAGCGCGGCGGCCCGGCGUGCCAUGAUCUUGCACCACCUUCCACCCGUCAACUCCGGCACGGGGCUGGAGAUCCGCACGGAGCUGGACUAUGAGCAGCUGGCUCAGGCGACAGAGGGUUACUCGGGGUCGGACAUCCUGCUCGUGUGCAAGGAGGCGGCGAUGCGGCCCGUUCGCAAGAUCUUCGACGCGCUGGAAAGCCACCGGCCAGAGGAAGCCCUGCCGGCGCUGUGCCUGGACACGCUGCACACGGCCGACCUGCUGGACGUGCUGGCGCACACCAAGCCAUCCGCUCGGACCCUCUGCGCACGCUACACUGAGUGGCAGCGCGAGUACGAGUCCGUGUGAAACCUCCACGCCCGGGCCACCACGACAUCACCCUCCGGUCUCGGCUCUGACCGACAGCAUCCUCUGCUGAAGAGAGAACACUUGCCAUUGGACGAAAGGGAAGAGGCCCUGGGACACAUUCCUCUGUGACCAGUGAUGGCUUUUCACGCGUAAAGCUACCAAACAACCUGCUUUGGCUGUUAGUCCAGGUUUUUAGUAAGCUGUACCGGUGUCCCGAAGCAUUGGUCAAAAAUCAGGAUUUCAUUCCAGUUUAACAUUUUCUGGCCGCGUGCUCCACUCGAGUUGUGGUCAAAGGGUGGGGCUACCCGAGUAGUUGACGGGCAUUGGCAGAGGAGUAGGUAUGAACAGUCGGCAGGGCCAACGUCAGAAAGAAGCAAGCCACUCACCAUGUGAGAGCAGGGAUAGUAACUGAGUGAGCGUGGUAAUGUUAAGAGUGGCCAGGGCUGACAGCGGUAGGAGCUGGGAGCUUACCACGUGUCCUGGAUGAGCUUCCCAGAAAUGUGGUAGCUUUAACUCGCGUGUGCGUGCGAUGCGUGUGGGUGCGAGGCCGCCACCGACGCUCACCGACGUGUGAAAUUUGCCGUGUUGCUAUGCUGUGCGAGACUCACUGCCUAGGUUUUGUUUGAAAAUAAUAAUUAAAGACGUCGAGGCGACGCAGAAUAA